AUGUCGUCUUCGAUGGAGGUGACGUUGGCGUAUGAUUACAGUACCGGAGACUUUCUUGCAUUUGUAACACUCGUCCACAAGCUCUACUGGCUAUUCUACAAAGUAGCGAAAGAUGCACCAGAGGACUUCAAGAAGCUCGUCCGCGAUAUAGGAGCACUAUUCGAGUGCAUUUCAACUCUCGAUGAGGAAGCUACAAAACCUGGCUCGCCUCUAGGCCGUGCAAAACAAGAAAGAGUCCGCGCUGUGAAGAACUUGAUAAGUCGAGGGGAGGUGACACUGGAAAGGUUGCAAACUUGGGCGGAGAAGCACGAAACUCUACGAGAGAUAUCGAGGCCAAAGAUGAAGCAGUGGUAUGAUAAAGCACGAUGGGCCUACAAUAUACCCGAGUUGGAUGCGAUGCGGAAGCAGGUACUUGGUCAUGUUGGGUUCAUGAGGUUGUUCUUGAACUCACUGGGCAAGCAAUAUCGAGAAAACUCGAGUUUCGAUGAAGUAUUCGCAAAAUCCGUCAUGGGCGCGGCUUUCAAGAAUAACGAGAAGGUUCUGCAGCGGCAUUGGGCAGCAAUUGCAGCUGACAAAUGGAACGAGGCUGCAACUGGAGAUAAAUGGUGGGCAUCACCUCCCCUCACCGCCCCCACCGUCCGUGGUUCUGCAUCCUACACGAUUGAAUCCGCCGCCGCCGCCGCCGCCACCAGUUCCGGUACCCCCCUCGAGGCAAGGAAUGGUUCGAUGCUCUUGCAAAGACCCCAAUUGCAAAUUGUGGAUGCAAGCAAGAUGAGAGAUUAUGUUACUGCAGCGAAAUGGAACGAGACGAAUAGUUUGUAA